AUGCUGCGCCGUCAAGCCCGUGAGCGUCGCGAUUAUCUUUAUCGGAGAGCGUUGCAGCUCCGCGAUGCUUCAAUCGCCGAAAAGCGCGCCCAGCUGAAAGCCUCCUUGGCCUCUGGAAAACCCCUCGACCCCUCGAUUGCAAACGACAAAUCCCUCCGUGAAGAUUUCAAAUUCGACGAAUCAAAGGAUGAGGUGGAUGUGGACGACGAGUAUGCCUUGACGUCCGGUCUGAUUGACCCUCGUCCGCUGGUCACUACGUCUCGCUCGCCUUCUGCUCGCCUAGGAGCUUUCGCCAAAGAAAUUCGACUGCUUCUCCCGACUUCCAUCCGUCUGAACCGUGGUAAUCUCGUCAUGCCCGACCUGGUAUCGAGUGCAACCUCAGCCUCUUUGACCGAUAUGAUCCUUCUGCACGAGCACCGUGGUACACCUACCGCCCUUACAGUCUCGCAUCUGCCCCACGGCCCGACCGCCAGCUUCUCUCUUCACAAUGUCGUCCUGCGCGCGGAUAUCCCUAAUGCCGACCGAGGCACCGUUUCCGAGAGCUACCCUCACCUGAUCUUCGAGGGCUUCACGACCAAGCUGGGCCAGCGCGUUGUCCAGAUCUUGAAGCACCUCUUCCCUCCCCGUGAACCUGGCAAGGUUGGCACUCGUGUUGUCAGCUUUGUGAACAAGGAGGACAGCAUUGAGGUGCGCCAUCACGUUUUCGUGAAGAGCAGCUACCGGGAUGUGGAACUCGCUGAGGUCGGUCCUCGGAUGACAAUGCGUCUCUUCGAGAUUCGGGGCGGUACUAUGGAGAAGGGUUCCACGGGAGACGUGGAGUGGGCUCUUACCCAGUACACGAGGACCAGCAGAAAGAAGGACUACCUCUAG